UAUUGGUGGAUAUGAACUGUCAGUGACUAUAAGAGGUCACCAUAUUAAAGGUAGUCCUUAUCAACUGUCAGUAAAAGCAUCAAGAGACUGUACCACACUAACUAAGCAGAGAUCCUUUGAUGUGAGGUGCAGUACUCCUGGUGUUGUUGUUCAUACUAAUGGUAAAAUAUUUGCCAGUAGUUAUGAUGGGUUUGUUCAGGUAUUUAGUGAGGAUGGUACUGCAGUAAGAAGGAUUGGAUCUAAGGGUAAUGGUAAUGGACAGUUUGAUUGGCCUUUUGGUUUAUUGCUGGUAGGAGACAGGCUCUAUGUGUCUGACCUUAAUCUUCAUCGUGUGCAGUAUUUCUCAGCUACUACUGGUCAGUAUAUUGGUCAGUUCGGUAGUGAUGGUAAUGGAAAUGGACAAUUCUCUAGUCCUCGUGGUGUGUCUACUGAUGGUAAAGGUAAUAUACUAGUAGCUGAGUACAGCAACAAAAGAGUACAAGUGUUUAAGGAAGACGGUACAUUUGUACAAGUCAUACAAUGUGAUGGUAAAGCAUCUGAUGUAGUAGUUGAUAAUGAAGGAAAGAUACACGUUACUAUUCGUGAUCAACAUCAUGUUCAAGUCUUCUCUCCUGAUGGUAAAACUCAUCUUGAUACAUACAAUAAUCCUGCUGGUAACUUUAAUUAUCCUCAAGGUAUUGCUAUUGAUGAUGAAGGAUAUAUCUUUGUAUCAUGUAACAAUGGCUAUCUUCAUGUAUUGAGACCUGACAAGAAACAAGUCAAAUUAAUCUCAGGAUUAUCUGAUCCAUGGGGAGUAGCACUGGAUAAGGAUGGAUAUAUUUUUGUUGCUGAAUGGGGAAACAAGUGUAUAACGAAAUAUUAA